UUCAAAAGGUGGUUAAAUUUAACACAGUGGUUAAGGAUAACUAUGUGUUAAACCUUAAUCAUUUGAUUAGCUAACGCAGUGGUUAAAUUCUGUUGUUCAAAAGCAAUUUAACGCAAUGGUUAGCUAACACUGUGUUAACAUUGUGUUCACUGCUUAAUCACUCAAUAACCACUUGAUUACCCAAAAUGCACCUCUCUUCCUUUGUAAACAAUCAUGGCUGACAAUCCUGACAUCGUCUGCUCAAAAAAGAACAGGAAAGCAAGAAGCACCAAUUUCUCAUUAACAGAGAUAGAAAUUAUUAAAAAUCAGGUGAAACUCCAUCCUAUUCUGGAGGCAAAACAUAGUAAUACUGUUACUAAUGCUAAGAAGCAAGCCAUUUGGCUUGAAAUUGUUAGAAAAGUCAAUGCUGUGGGGGUGGCAAAAAGGAGUUUGACAGAAGUCAAAGAUAAAUGGCGUAAUAUGUGUCGGGAAGCAAAAUUGAAAUUUACGGAAAACAGGAGACAAAUGACAAAAACAGGAGGAGGGCCUCCACCUACCCCUCUUUCCCAAACAAUGCAGGAUGUGGUGGACAUGUACAGGGAUGCCAGUUCCUUCCACGGGAUUGAAGGGGGCAUUGAAACUUCAAUGCCUGGAUGUUCUGUAUUAUCCUCCAUGGCAGCAUCUCCCACUCAGACUGUAACUAAGGAUCAACAUGAUAUGGACAUAUGGCAAGAUGCUUGUGAGGACCUUCCUGUGCCCUCCCAAUCCCCUAUCUCAGCAAGUCAAGCUUUCAUUGUCAUGGAGACGCCCUUAGAGGAACCCCUUUCCCCACCUAGUCCACCAAAACAACCAAGUUCAUCAUUGCCUAGCUGUAGUAGAAACACAAGGCAGUAUCCAUAUCAAGGAAAGGAGAAGGAGAAGCGCAAGUGUGGGAAAAAGUCAGUGGAAGAUGUUUACAGGUUGCAGUGUGAAGUGCUUGAGGAGGAGAAAGAGAAGAUCAAGAAGGAAAAGGAAAAGCUGGAUCUGCAAAUUCAACUUCUUCAUUCAAUUCUUAAAAAACAGGAUUAUGACCAGACAGAGCUCUUUGCCUCCUUCAUGUAA